GUCAUGAAUUGGUCUGCGCUGGAGGUCCUCCUCAGCGGGGUCAACAAAUACUCUACAGCUUUCGGCCGCGUCUGGCUCUCCAUGGUCUUCGUCUUCCGGGUCUUGGUGUUCGUGGUGGCGGCCCAGCGAGUGUGGGGCGACGACAGCAAGGACUUCGUGUGCAACACGGCCCAGCCCGGCUGCACCAACGUGUGCUACGACGCCGUCUUCCCCAUCUCGCACAUCCGCCUGUGGGCCCUACAGCUCAUCUUCGUCACGUGUCCCUCCUUGAUGGUGACGUGUCACGUGAAGUAUCGGGAGAAGAAAGACCUGGAGUACACCGCCUCGCACAAGGGGGCUCAUCUGUACGCCAACCCUGGGAAGAAACGUGGAGGUCUGUGGUGGACUUACUUGGUCAGCCUGAUUUUCAAAGCAGGCUUUGAUGCCGGCUUCCUCUACAUCCUCCACUACAUUUACAACGGCUUCGACCUGCCCAGAAUGUCCAAGUGUUCUCUGGAGCCGUGCCCCAACACGGUGGACUGCUUCAUUUCCCGGCCCACCGAGAAAAAAAUCUUCACCCUCUUCAUGGUGGCCUCCUCGGCCGUCUGCAUCUUAAUGUGCAUUUGCGAAAUGGUUUACUUUAUCUGCAAGCGCAUUAUGAAACGCAGGAGGAGGAUAAAGGAAAUGAUGAGGAAGGAAUUUGCCGGAAACCACGAAAUGACAUCCCUGGCGCCACCCAGGUCGGAGUUCAGGUCUAAAAAUUCGAUCCGAGUGGACCCCACAUUGGAUCCCCUGAUCCACAACCUCAAUAACAUGACGUCUGAGGAAUUGAAAAAGAAACCACCAGCUGAAAAUGGAAAAGUGGAGAAGAUUUAA